ACCACCUUUGCAACGACCUUGGCUUGUCUCGAGGCGGUUCAGGUCAUGAGAGCUUACUCAAAGCUUCAAAAUGACUGAGGUGGAGGUUAAUGGAACGGAUCUCGAUACCACUGCCACCAGGGCAGCACUGGCGUCUGCCAGUACCACUGUUCGCCUUGGGAGUUUGCACGCCUUGGAAGAAAGGCUCUCUAAUAACGACAUAGUACACGACCUCUUUCCUCCACUCCUCCGCGUCCUAUUCCAAACGUACCCAUAUUACACCGACCGAAACUCGAGACGUGCUGUCACGCUCUCCAUACGGUCUAUUUUCAACUCAAGCGCACCUCCCGAGGCUCUGCAGGGCUUUGUUGAACUCGUACACGCAGAGACAUUGAAGACGGGCAUUUCGCCGGGCAAUGCGUUCGUUCUCGUCGAAUGGUGUAGCGUAUUGCUUCAGGAGCUAAGUGGCACUGAUCAUUGGGAGAGAUGGGGCCUUGCGACUAUCGAUAGCAAUUCUCGAGCACUGGAAUUAUGUCACAGUCAAUCGUCACGGUCCAAUGUGAAGCAUGCCGCGCUCGUUCAUACCCGGCGGGGGCUGCGGAAGGUUUUUUCGAAAGAGAAUGAUUUCCGGCAAAGGAUCCAGGAGACUGUGAAGAGGCUUGCUGCAAAAGGGCCACUACUAUCCGCGAAAAAUGCCGUCAUGUUAGGGGUGGUUGCUGGUGUCUCUGCAAGGAAGCCGUGGGCGAAAGAGGUCCUCCGGACCUUGAAGUCCGAAUACUACACAUUCUACAACCGGGAAAUUAUUGGGUCGCGAAGCCAGGUACCAGAGCAUUUAGCUAAUGCGUUGAGAGAUUUCUUUGUCGACUUUGCGACUAAGCAAGAUAUCGAGAAAGAGAUCAUUCCAGCUCUCGAGAAAGCCCUCCUUAGAUCUCCGGAAAUAGUACUCGUCGACUUGGUCAGCCCGCUAAUCCAUUCCCUUCCAGACUCCAUUGAUCUGUCAACUAUUCUGAAGAAUAAUCUCCUCAAGCCUCUGCUCGCCAACCUCAAGUCCACAAAUGUCACAAUACGCCAUGGAUCGCUUUCUGCUUUCAAAGCCGCUAUUCUGAAAUCCCAGGAUGAUAAUGUAAUUUCACAGAUUGCAGAAGAGAUUGUGACUCCUCUCAAGACCGGAAAACUUACUUCGGCUGAUGGAAGAUCUCUUCAUUCAGACAUGUUGGCUGCGCUCCCCGUGUCACAAACUACAGUGGCAAAAGUUGCCCCAGCGAUUGCUAUUGUUGCAAGCAAAGAAGCCAACGAGGCCGCUCUUACUUCAGAGACGUCGGCACUUGUUCAUUACCUAUGCUGGGGCCUGUCAAAUGGUGUCCUUAUCGAAAAGUCGAUCGUGGACGUCUUCGUCAAGGGUCUUUCUGACAAGAAGGUGCCAAUCAAAAAGUUGUGGACUAUUCGGUUUGGAGAACUGUUUUGGUCUGCGAGUGAUGUGGAUGCACUCAAGUCCAAACUUCCAAGCCUUGCAGAAUCGGCAGUACCAGCUCUGAUGGACAUCUGGCAGGAGACUCUUGCAAAUCCCCUAGCAGCUGCACAAUCUGGACUCGUCACAGGCACCUAUAUCCUCACGGCCAUUUCGUCAACAAAGCUCAGUCAUACAUGCAACGCUAAGGUGGAUGCGGCCCUGAAAAAGACUCAAGUUUCGCGGCAGGCGUUGACAAUGGAACCCAAACCAUCUUUUCUACUGAAUCCCCGCAUUUAUAGCAAGCUUACCACUGAUGACGACUUCAAGUGGUUAAUUCGAGCUCUUGCUGCGGUUGCACAGGAGCUAAGUGGUCUCGAGCCGGAUUCAGCGGUUGCAAUUGGUUGGGCCCAAGCUAUGAUAUUUUGUAUUUGCUCGUCCAGCGUCAAACGAGGAACUCGAAAAGAAGCCUCUCAUACACUGUCCAGGCUCUACUUACAUGAUCCUAGACUUAUUUCUGGAAUCAUAGUUGCCGGCCUCUGGCGAUGGCGACACUCAAUCGAAUCGGGAGAGAAAGACAGUGCUGCAUUUACAGCGAAGACUGAGAAUCAGAAUCUUCAUUUUGUUGUCAAAUCAAUCUGUCUAUUUCAAGCAGAGAUUACUCAACUCGACGGAUCAGUUGAUGAAGCUACGAGAAGAGACCAGAUGGUUUCACUGCUAGUUAUCGCCAGACCGGAACUGUUGCCAAAGGUCACUUGGAUAGACAUGUGCCUCAGAGUCCAGGUAGAUCCGGGAGAGCUUGCACGAAUGUCUGGGGACUCUUUGAUCCAACAGAUAAUCGAUAAAACUAGCUUCGAUGAAGUAGCACCUCUGCAGCAGUCCGAUUCUGUGAGAAAAGCUGCUUUCGAUGCAGCUGCCGAGCUUGCUUUUGUUGCCCCGGCCGCCAUGACUCCUCGCAUUGUAGAGCUUAUCGAAGGCGAUUUGGCUCCAAGUCAGCUCGCGAAUAUUGGCCCGACGGAGGCAGCAAUAUUUCGAACUGAGGAAGGCAUUGCUUUUGUUGACGUGCUUGCCUCAAAAGCUCGAAGUUAUACUCCCAACAAGAAUACGAAAGAUUACGAUACUUUGAAAUGGGAAGAAGAACUGAGAGUACAGCUUGCGCAAAAGAAAGGCCUACAGAAAAAGCUCACUCCGGAGGAGACAGCUAAGGUCAAUGCCCAAAUAAAGAGAGAAUCAGCUAUUCGACUUCAGAUUCGAUACCUUGAAGCCAAGCUCCUAAGGGGAAUCGGCAUUGUUAAGAGCCUUGCAACCGGUCCUCCCACGGAAGCAGGUGUCUGGAUGGGUCCUGCUGUGAAAUUGUUGGUAGAUGUCAUCAAUGCCGGUGCAACCCUCAUUACCGGAAACGCUGCCCCAGAUGCCUAUAUCCUUUGUUCGGAGAGACUUCCAGCCCGUAUCGGCGCCCUCCGUCCAUUCAUUGGAAUUGCAACUUUGAGAGCCUUGGAUGUUCCUCACCUGCCUGAACAUCUAAUGCAGGAACCUCUCGGUGCGCUCAUCACUAGGGUUCUGUACCGCCUUCGGUUUUCUGGAGAGCAGCGUCCAUUCGACACGGUAUCCUUGACAUACAUACUUCCUUUAGUAUUCCUGGUACUCCGAAAAGGUGGUUUUGGUGAGGGCGAUGAUGCCGAAGCUCAAUUAGUCUUAGCUUUGGAGUUCCUUUCUUUCCACACCGAUGCUUGCUCCGAUGUUCUCGUGCCUCGCGGCGAGGUUUUGUCCGUCCUGAUAUUAUCGAUGCAAAUGUAUAACCAGCAUUACAAGGCCAUUAAGGAUUGCUUGGCAGAUCUUUGUCGCUGCAUUGCCCCUAAUAUUACUGACGCAGAGACCGCUAUUCUGGCUCGGGGUGCCAUUGUCCCCCAGAUCUCUGUUCGAACGUCGGUUCUGCAGUCUAUCAGCGCGGAGAUUGACAUGAGCGAUCUCGGGUUUUCAGAAGAAAUGUGGCUGGCUUGCCACGACGAUGUGGAUGAAAAUGUCGAGCUUGGGAGGGAGAUUUGGGAAGAGAGUGGUUUUGAGAUCUCAGAGGAUUCUCCUUUCAGCAUGUUGCCAUACCUCGAGAGCAUUGAUAAACAACUUCGGAGAGCAGCCGCAAGAGCGUUGGCAGAGUCGGUCAAGAUCCACCCAUCGAAAUUCCGUGAUGUGCUGCCACGCUUGCAAGCUUCAUAUCAAGAAUUAGCCAAACCGCGAGUAUCCCAGCUUGACGAAUACGGCAUGCCUAAGAAAAUGGAUCUCUCUGACCCGUGGGAGGCAAGGAAUGGAAUCGCGCUUGCGUUCAAAGAGUUAGCGCCUGUUUUUGAGGAUGCAGUGCUCGAUUCGUUUUUGAGAUUUCUCAUUGAACGAGGACCCCUUGGCGAUAGAGAUCCAAAUGUCAGAGAAGAGAUGAUCGAAGCUGCGACUACCAUCAUCGCGGUUCAUGGCAAGAAUAAGGUCGAAGACUUGAUGAAGACAUUUGAGCAAACGCUCGAGGCCCCAGAUAAAGGAUCUGGAUUCGCGGAUCAAGUGAACGAGGCAGUCAUCAUCAUGUAUGGUGCUCUCGCUCGACAUUUGCAGAAAGACGAUUCUCGAGUGCCAAAGGUAGUUGAGAGACUGCUGGAAACUUUGAGUACGCCUUCGGAAGCUGUUCAAUAUGCAGUGGCUGAAUGUUUACCACCCCUCAUUCGCGCCUCAACAGGCAAGACCCCGGAAUAUGUCCAGCAUGUUCUUGAUCGACUUUUCAACUCCAAGAAAUAUGCAGCUCGCCGUGGCGCCGCGUAUGGACUUGCAGGAAUCGUCAAUGGCAAAGGCAUCUCUGCACUCAGAGAGUAUCGCAUCAUGUCCACAUUGAAGGGCGGCAUUGAGAACAAGAAAGACGUUAAUCAUCGUGAGGGUGCCUUGUUAGCCUACGAGCUCUUCUCAACGAUUCUUGGUCGGGUGUUCGAGCCAUAUGUCAUCCAGAUUGUGCCCCAGCUUCUCUCCAGCUUUGGGGAUGCCAGCGCUGACGUCCGUGAUGGUUGUCUCGCCGCUGCUAAAGCUUGCUUCGCAAGUCUCAGCUCGUACGGUGUGAAGCGCAUAUUGCCCACUCUCCUCGAUGGACUCGACGACCAGCAGUGGAGGAGCAAGAAGGGGGCUUGUGAUCUGCUUGGUGCCAUGGCGUACCUAGAUCCUCAGCAGCUCGCCCAAAGCCUGCCAGAGAUUAUCCCGCCGUUGACUAGCGUCCUCAACGACAGCCAUAAGGAAGUCCGCUUGGCUGCGAACCGAAGCUUGAAACGUUUCGGCGAAGUCAUAAGCAACCCUGAGAUUAAGGGCCUAGUCGACGUUCUGCUGAAGGCUCUGAGUGAUCCCACCAAAUACACUGAUGAUGCGUUGGAUUCAUUAAUCAAGGUUCAAUUCGUACAUUACUUAGAUGCACCCUCUCUUGCCCUUGUGGCUCGCAUCCUUGAGCGCGGAUUAGGCGAUCGAUCAGCAACGAAGAGAAAAUCUGCUCAAGUUAUUGGUAGCUUGGCACAUUUGACUGAGCGAAAAGACCUCAUUUCACAUUUGCCAAUUCUAGUUGCUGGUCUCAAAGUAGCUGUUGUCGAUCCUGUCCCAACAACGCGUGCUACUGCUUCAAAAGCCCUCGGGUCCUUGAUCGAGAAACUUGGCGAGGAUGCUCUCCCAGACCUGAUUCCAGGCUUGAUGCAAACAUUGAAGUCGGACACCGGUGCUGGCGAUCGACUUGGGUCUGCUCAGGCUCUCAGUGAAGUUCUUGCCGGACUUGGAACCGGCCGCCUGGAGGAAACCCUGCCAACGAUCCUACAAAACGUCGCCUCCUCCAAACCAUCUGUUCGCGAGGGAUUCAUGUCCCUCUUUAUCUUCUUACCUGUCUGCUUUGGUAAUAGCUUUGCCAAUUACCUUAGCAAGAUUAUUCCUCCAAUUCUGUCUGGACUUGCAGAUGACGUUGAAUCUAUUCGAGACACAUCUCUUCGAGCUGGACGCUUGUUGGUCAAGAACUUUGCUACAAGAGCGAUUGAUCUCCUACUUCCUGAGCUGGAACGAGGACUUGCGGAUGACAAUUAUAGAAUUCGUCUCAGCUCCGUCGAGUUGGUUGGUGAUCUUCUGUUCAAUCUCACUGGGAUCACUGCAAUCACAGAACAAGAUGUUGAAGAAGGAGCACAAGAAGCAGGAGCGUCGCUACUGGAGGUCCUCGGCGAGGAAAAGAGAAACAAAGUCCUUUCUUCUUUGUAUAUCUGUCGCUGCGAUACAUCGGGUCUCGUUCGGACUGCUGCGGUUAAUGUCUGGAAGGCUUUGGUGGCCAGUCCCAGAACUCUGAAGGAACUGAUCCCGACAUUAACUCAACUCAUCAUCCGACGACUCGGUAGUUCUAACAUGGAACAGAAAGUCAUCGCGGGUAAUGCACUUGGAGAGCUGAUCCGAAAGGCUGGCGACGGAGUGCUUUCAACAUUGUUGCCCACUCUCGAGGAGGGUUUGCAAACGUCUACUGAUACAGAUGCUAAGCAAGGUAUCUGCAUAGCACUUCGGGAGCUCAUCUCGUCUGCCUCUCCAGACGCCUUGGAAGAUCAUGAGAAGACCCUGAUAUCUGUGGUUCGCACUGCUCUUAUCGAUUCUGAUGAAGAGGUCCGGGAGGCUGCUGCUGAGGCGUUCGACUCUCUACAACAGAUCCUCGGUAAGAGAGCCGUCGACCAGGUUCUGCCUCAUCUCUUGAGCUUGCUGAGGAUGGAAGACGAAGCCGAUAAUGCUUUAUCCGCUCUUCUAACAUUGUUGACGGAGACGACCCGGUCGAAUAUUAUUCUGCCGAAUCUGAUACCUACUCUCACUACCUCACCGAUAUCUCCGUUCAACGCAAAAGCACUUGCUUCCUUGUCUACCGUAGCAGGCUCUGCUAUGACCCGAAGACUACCAACCAUUCUCAAUUCCCUCAUGGACAACAUCAUAUCUUGCAAGGACGAAGAACUUCUUGCGGAUCUCAACGCCUCCUUCGACACAGUUGUUGUUUCAAUUGAUGAAUUUGAUGGUUUGAAUACCACUAUGAGCGUCUUGCUCGCAUUGGUGAAACAUGAUGAUCACCGACGCAGAGCGGCCACGGACUACCAUCUUGCGACAUUCUUCUCGUCUGCUACCGUCGACUAUUCUCGCUACAACCAGGACAUCAUUCGAGCGUUGCUUAUAUCAUUUGAUGACAGAGAUGCCGAAGUUGUCAAGGCUGCUUGGGCAGCAUUGAACGAAUUUACCAAGCACCUCAAGAAGGAAGAAAUGGAGGCUCUUGUUUUCUCAACUCGACAGAUUCUGCAGCAUGUUGGAGUAGCAGGCUCAAAUCUACCUGGCUUCGGCUUGCCAAAGGGGAUCAACGCCAUCCUGCCAAUAUUCUUGCAGGGUUUAAUGAACGGGUCCAGUGAAAUACGCACCCAAUCUGCCCUUGCCAUAUCAGAUAUCGUUGACAGGACAAGUGGGGAUUCUCUGAAACCAUUCGUUACGCAGAUCACUGGUCCGCUUAUCAGAGUGGUCUCAGAACGCUCUGUGGAUGUUAAAGCCGCCAUUCUACUCACGUUGAACAACCUUCUUGAGAAGAUUCCGACGUUCUUGAAACCUUUCCUGCCCCAACUUCAACGCACCUUUGCCAAAUCCCUGGCAGACACAUCGAGCGAGGUUUUGAGAACUCGGGCCGCAAAGGCUUUGGGCACUUUGAUCACGCUUACGCCUCGUAUCGAUCCCCUAAUAGCUGAGUUGGUCACCGGCUCAAGAACCUCAGACGUUGGUGUUAGAAAUGCCAUGUUGAAAGCGCUCUACGAAGUCAUUAGUAAGGCAGGAGCUAAUAUGAGUGAUGCCUCAAGAAGCGCGGUGCUUGGGUUGAUCGAUGCUGAUCCGGAGGAUAACGCCAUCUCGAUGGCAAUAACCAACGCCAAUUUACUUGGAGCUCUGAUCAAGAAUGUGCCCGCCGAAAAUGCGAUGGGUCUUAUCAAGAAUAGAGUGAUGACAACUCACUUCAGCCAAGCUUCGGUUCUCGCACUCAACGCUGUGCUGCUAGAAUCACCAUCGUCCCUGACGGAGAGUCCCUUUGCCGAUGACUUGCCCCAAGUCAUUUGCCAAGGCAUGGCAAGCAAAAACAACUUCAUCUCGGAUAAUUGCGUGCUCGCAGCUGGCAAAUACCUUCUCUCAGAGACUCGCAGCAACGAUUUCGAAACGAUCAAGCCGUUGUUUGAAUCACUAGCCAAUCUCAUUCAACCGGGUAACCCAGUCGAUACCCGGCGCCUGGCACUCGUGGUUGUUCGCACUACCUGUCGGCAUCACAUGGAACUCGUGCGACGCCACCUUCCACUGCUUGCACCUCCCGUAUUUGCAAGCGUCCGAGAUCCUGUCAUCCCUGUGAAGUUGGCAGCUGAGGCUGCCUUCAUGGCAUUAUUCGAUGUUGUUGAUCAGGAAAGUAAGGUAUUUGACAAGUAUAUUUCUUCGCAGGACCUUGCAGCGAAUCAGAAGAGGAGCAUGCAAGAUUACUUCAAGCGUGUGGCAUUGAGACUUGGAAACACGGCACGAGAGAGAAAGGAGGCAGAGGGUGGACAAGGUGGUUUGGGACUGUCGAAUGACGAAGUGGAUGAUGAGCGAGAGAUCUGGAGUGUGGGGAAGGUCGAUCUUGGGGAGGCAGCUUUUGAUGAGUGAGAUGAGAGAUGAGUGGAAUGAGACAUGGACAUGGAUUGCAUACAAAGGUGCAUUGUGUGGAAUUGGUAGAUAAGAUCCGUAGACAGAGUCAGUGAAGAUGUCGGAUAUCGAACUUGUUGACUUGUUGUUUUAGGAUUGCAUGUGAGGACUUUGUUUCUUCAAGAACUUCCGAAUUAUUCUAAUGGGAAUUGUACUAUGGAUAUACGAUAACAGAGGCAACAUUUCGAGGGGAAGCAAUUUGGAUUGUCCAACUUGCCUUGGGACAUGGACAAGCGCCGCGUUUUCUUUUUUUCUUUCUAUCGAGCGCAAGCCAGAGCUUCCCGAGGAAGAAGGAAGAAUAAGCGAG